AAUACCAAAUGCGUGCUCAAUAAGCCAAUUCUUCACCUUACACAAGAACAAAAUCACUCCACACGCGCGCCCAGCACUAUUUUCUUGCCAAACCCUAGAUCUUACACUCUUCUCUUAUAUAGAAAAGAAAACCCACCCCAGUCUCUACGCCACUGAGACUUUCAAACCCCAACAACAACAAAUGGAUACAUGAAUUCAAACGCAGACUCACCCUUUUUUGAUCUCACUUUCUUCAAUUCCCCACAAACCCCUUUUUUUCCAGAUCUGACUUGAGACCUAAACCCACCAAAGCUCCGAGCUUUCACCCCAAUUCAGCUUCAAAUUUCCACAAUUUUGCACGAUCGCUGCGGAAUUUGAACAAUAUAAGAGAAACCCAUUUCAGGUUUUGCAUCGUUUCUUAGAAAUUCGCACUCUUUGUUGUCGUAAAUGUGGUAAAAUCGAAGAAAGUUUGAGUCUUUAAGCCGGUUCCUGCUAGAUUCUGGGUUUUAUUUGGUGGGAUCUGCUUGAAUUUAUAACGUAGCCGUUGUUGGGUUUUUUGGGUGUAGAAGAUAGUGAGGAAUGCUUUAUAUUUGCUAGUACUGAAUCUUGUGUAGUGGGUUCUAAUGACAAUGCCAUCGGGGAAUGUGGUUUUAUCGGACAAAAUGCAGUAUCCUAGUGGCGCCGCCAUCGCCGGCGGCGAGAUCCACCAGCAGCCUCGGCAGUGGUUCCCGGAUGAACGUGACGGGUUCAUCUCGUGGCUGCGGGGUGAGUUUGCGGCGGCCAAUGCGAUAAUAGACUCGCUCUGCCACCAUUUGCGUGCAGUGAGUGAGCCGAGUGAGUAUGACAUGGUGAUCGGGAGUAUUCAGCAGAGGAGGUGCAAUUGGACCCCGGUGCUUCAUAUGCAGCAGUACUUUUCGGUGGCGGAGGUGAUAUAUGCGCUGCAGCAGGUUGCGUGGAGGAAGCAGCAGAGGUACCACCAUGAGCCCGUGAAAAUGGGGAACAAGGAGUAUAAGAGGUCGAAUUCUGGUGUGGGGUUUAAGCCGAGAAGUGAGCCUGUCAAGGAAUGGCAUAAUGCUAGUGUAGAGUAUCGUAGUUAUGAGGGGAGUGGUUUGGAGAAAGUGGGGAGCGAGAUACGGGAGGAAGUUAAACCUGGUGGAGAGGCGGGGAAAGUGGAUGAUAAGGGGGUGCCGCCGGCUGCAGAGAAGAAAGGUGCUCCUACAAAACCUCAUGAAUAUAUCAGCUCAAGGAGUUCAGGGAAUUCUCAAGGGACGAUAUCUGGCAAUUCAGAAUCUGAAGACGUGGUGGUAAAUGAAGGAUGCACUUCAAGCUCUAAAGAGAAUGAAUCACAUUCUACCCAAAUUCAGAAUGAGAAGCAGAACCUUUCCCUCAUUCCAAAAUCUUUUGUUGGUAACGAGACAUUUGAUGGAAAAACGGUUAAUGUGGUUGAUGGACUGAAAUUGUACGAAGAGUUGCUUGGUGACACUGAAGUCACAAAACUAGUUUCUUUGGUAAAUGAUUUGAGGGCUGCGGGAAAAAGAGGACAAUUUCAAGGUCAAACAUAUGUGGUCUCAAAGAGGCCCAUGAAGGGACAUGGAAGAGAGAUGAUUCAAUUGGGAAUCCCUAUUGCAGAUGCACCACAAGAAGAUGAAAUAUCUGCAGGAAUCUCCAAAGAUCGGAGGAUGGAAGCCAUCCCCCCCUUGCUGCAGGAUGUUAUCGAUCGCCUAGUUGGGAUGCAAGUUUUGACUGUGAAGCCAGACUCCUGUAUCAUUGAUUUCUUUAAUGAGGGUGAUCAUUCACAUCCUCACAUGUGGCCAUCGUGGUUUGGAAGGCCUGUUUGCGUCCUGUUUCUCACCGAAUGUGACAUGACUUUUGGGAGAGUAUUAGGAAUAGAACAUCCUGGGGAUUAUCGAGGCUCUCUCAGACUUUCUCUUACACCUGGAUCCCUCCUUUUGCUGCAAGGAAAAUCAGCAGACUAUGCAAAACAUGCAAUUCCUUCCAUCCGGAAGCAACGUAUACUUGUCACUUUCACAAAGUCUCAACCAAGGAAAUCCUUUCCAACUGAUAGUCAGCGUCUUCCUUCAUCUGGUCCCAGCCAGUCGCCCUACUGGAGUCCACCACCAAGUAGAUCUCCAAAUCACAUCCGCCAUCCUGUUGGUCCCAAGCACUAUGCAGCAGUUUCAACAACUGGUGUAUUGCCUGCACCACCUAAUCGUCCCCAACUUCCACCUCCAAAUGGCAUCCAGCCUUUGUUUGUGGCUGCCCCUGUUGGACCAGCCAUGCCUUUCCCUGCUCCAGUUGUCAUCCCACCUGGUUCGCCUGGAUGGGUAGCAGCUCCUAGGCACCCUCCACCUCGGAUGCCUCUCCCCGGCACUGGAGUUUUCCUUCCUCCCCCAGGGUCAGGUAGUUCAUCAGCUCCUCCUCAACAGUUUCCAAGUUCUGCAACAGAAAUGAACCUCACUGUUGAGACUGCUUCUUCAACAGAGAAAGACAAUGGGACUGGAAAAUCCAAUCAUGCAAGUGCUUCUCCUAAAGCAAAGUUGGAUGGGAAACCUCAAAGGCAAGACUGCAAUGGAACUGUGGAUGCAACUGGCAGUGGAAGAGGAACAGUGAAGCAAGAGCAACAGCAGAACUCUAACAAUCCGGCAGCAAACAAUCAAGCUGGAGCAGUUUAGGACCAGAGUGAGAGAAACAGAGAGAGAGAGAGACAGAGAGGGUAGGCUGCAAACUGCAAUGAGUUGGGAGCAAAUGUAAAGAGCGGCAAGAUUCAAGACCUAAAGAUCAUACUAGCAAGAGGAACAGGCGGAAAAAGGAACUUUUGAGUUCUCUUUGGAUUCCCUUGUCCUCUUUUCUUUCUUUUUUCUUGUCUUGUUAUAUCAAACUCUUACUCUAGGUGCAAAAGCACAUUCUUAAAUCACCAUCUUUUGGCUCUUC